UUUUGUAUGUAGUUUUAUUGCUGAAAAACUCGUUCUUCGAAAGCACAAACGCGGAUCAAACUCCAUUUUUGAGGCUUUCAUAAUAGGGUGUUUUCAGCGAGGUCCGCGCUUAUUCUAUAUAAGGAGACGCCUCUCGUACUCGGGUUAGUUCCCGUUAACCAAUACUGCAGAGCGAAGCUGAUAGAAGGUAAGGGUUUUCUUUGGGAUGUAAUAAUAUGGUUAAUAUAAGUAAAGGCCUUAAAAUGAACUGGAUUUUUUUACUUUGUCUAUGACAUUGAAUAAGGAUUUAAUCGUUAUGUUUAGAUUAACUGUAUUCGUGUGAUAACCGUUGGUGCAGAAAACAUGGCGUCGCCGUUAAAGAAACUGAAGAGCGAUGAUGGCCCAAAACCCAUGACAAUGUUUGUGUUGGAAGAUGUUGUAACGAGAAGAUACGCCAAUGGUGAACAAUCAUACGGCACGUCGUGGAUGGUUUCUAGUGACACUAACUACAAGACACUAAAGCAGGUGAUCGUGCAUGAAAAACAUCUAAAGAUGCUGAAGAAGAUGACUGCUUUUUUAGUUGUUAGAUACACUCUGCUGGAGGAUGGGACAGUGAAGCUGGGCCAGCAGACUGUGGUAAUGCAGAGCGGAAGGCCCGCAGCCAUCACUGAUGAUGUAAUUAUGACUUUUGUGCAGCCUCCCGUUGUAGAGGAGCUAGGCAGGAUAAGUUCUUUCGAGAACAAAAAACGGAUCAGCGUCAAGGGGGAGGUCACGAAGGUCUCAAGCAUCAUUGAAGGAUCAAAGUCAAAGAGAAAGAUCAUUACUCUAUCGGAUGGCCAGGCUAGCAUAGACAUCAAAUUGUGGGGUGGUCUCUCUGAGACUGUUAUUCAUGAGGGGACGACCAUUGAGGUUUCUUGCGUCCAUGUCGAUGUCUAUCAGAACAAGCGUUCAUUAAACUCCACUGGUGGCACCCAGAUCAAGAUUACUGAUGCUGAAGAAGAUUUUCAGGGAUACAUCGAGGGAGUCUCCUUUGAUGAGAGCUGUUUGGCCAUCUUUAUUAACGACGAGGUUCUAACUUGUACUGCUAACCAUGUUGACAGCCUCUUCCCAACGCACGAGUUUGUUGACAGAAAGCAUGUGAAGGGAAAGAAGAAAGGCAGUAUUGUUAUGUCAAUUGAGGAGCACAUCUUGGCAGAAGAAGAAGAUGAGCUGCUUGCUGGUGGCAAUCAGGCGGAUGAAGAGCAGCUUGAUGAGAGCGUUUUAGCUGAGAAGCAGUAAUCAUCAUUUGAGAGGUUGAAUUAUGGUUAAAGACUUUUCCCUUGCGAUGUUGUUACCUUGGACAUUAUUGAGUCAUUUAUAGAAAGUCCUUUGAACUUUUGAAGUUUUGUUUUGUUGUAGUGGUUGUAUGUAGCUUUGGAAAGUUCAUAAUUUUUCAGUUAUAAUAGAGAACCGUACAUAGUUUGUGUAAUUGUAAUAAUUCAUUACCUGUACUUUUACUUUUACAUGUGAUUUUUAUAUUUGUCUUUGUAAGCUGUACAAAGAUUUGUUAAGGUUAUGCCUUGAAUUCCACACAAAAUGAUACAGUUUUGUUCUGAUGCAAAAAUUCAGUACUUUACUAAUAUUCCAUAAUGAAAAUUUUUUUCCUGAUUUUUUAGCAUUUUAAGGAAGAGGCCUUCAUUAAUCUUUUCCACUUAAGUGCAUUUAUAAAGAAUCCUGAUUUUUUUAUGCAUUGACACAAUUCCAAUUCAGUAUUUCAUUUAUCAGAAAUGGUUUUUAAAAUUGACUUGAACUGGACUGAUAAUCAUUUUAUUUUUAUUUUCCAUUACAUGCUGAGUGGCCGGUGUAAUUUAUGAGUUAGUUUUAUACAUGUAUUUAAAGUAUAGUUUUGAAUUGGUGCAUUUUUUAUGUUUAGCAGCUUUGGUAUUACGAUUUAUAAAAUACUCAUUAUAUGUUGUAAAGUAUGUUUAGUUUUUUUAAAAUAUUUUUUUUAUAAGCUCAAGCGUUUUGUAUUUGAAAAUUGUAUGCUCAAGCGUUUCGUAUUUGAAAAUUGUAGCAUGUUAAAUUUGUGUUGGUCAAUUCGUUUUGUAUUAAUUCCAAUUCCAAUUCAGUAUUUCAUUUAUCAAAAAUGGUUUUUAAAAUUGACUUGAACUGGACUGAUAAUAAUCAUUUUAUUUUUAUUUUCCAUUACAUGCUGAGUGGCCGGUGUAAUUUUUGAGUUAGUUUUAUACAUGUAUUUAAAGUAUAGUUUUGAAUUGGUGCAUUUUUAUGUUUAGCAGCUUUGGUAUUACGAUUUAUAAAAUACUCAUUAUAUGUUGUAAAGUAUGUUUAGUUUUUUUUAAAUAUUUUUUUUAUAUGCUCAAGCGUAUUGUAUUUGAAAAUUGUAUGCUCAAGCGUUUUGUAUUUGAAAAUUGUAGCAUGUUAAAUUUGUGUUGGUCAAUUCGUUUUGUUUUAAACUUGAGUUUUAUUUCUUAAUUUAAGGCUUAUUGUUCUCAAACUGAAUGGAAAAUUUUUUCUGAUUUUUUAGCAUUUUAAAGAAGUGGCUUUCAUUGAUCUUUCUCACUUAAGUGCAUUUAUAACGAAACUUAGGUGUUUUAUGCAUUUAAACAAUUCAAAUUCAGUAUUUCAUUUAUCAGAAAUGGUUUUUAAAAUUGCCUUGAAAUGGACUGAUAAUCGUUUUUUAUUUUUAUUUUCCAUUACAUGCUGAGUGGCCGGUGUAAUUUAUGAGAUAGUUUUAUACAUGUAUAUAAAGUAUAGUUUUGAAUUGGUGCAUUUUAUGUUUAGUAGUAAAGUAUGUUUAGUUUUUUUUACAUAUUUUUUUUAUAUGCUCAAGCGUUGUGUAUUUGAAAAUUGUAGCAUGUUAAAUUUGUGUUGGUCAAUUCGUUUUGUAUUAAACUUGUGUUUUAUUUCUUAACUUUAGGCUUAUUGUUCUCAAACUUUACUGAUAACUUUUGCACACGUAGCCAUGCAAUCUCAAUUGUGCUAGCUAGUUUUAAUUUUACUACAGUCCCUUUGUUGUCCUUUUUAAGCCCCUGGAUCGAAAGAUUGGGGGGUAUAUUGGUUUUGUUCUGUCUGUCUGUCUGUUUGUCUCAAAACUUUAAUCAAGCCCAUGACUCUUGAGUGAUUGAAACUAUGGCUUUCAUAAUUUAUAGGUAUGUUACUUCUGACAUGACCUUUCUUUGGGUACCACUAAAUUUGACCUUUAACCUUUACCUUGUAGUUGACCUACUUUUAUUCUAUUUAUUGUGAAUUUAAACCUUUGCCAUAAAUUUUGAACAGAUCGAGAUAGAGACUUGAUAUAUAAAAUGCUUAUUCCACUACAUAAGCACUUUCAACUGACACCAAGGACAAUGACCUUUUGACCUUGACUUUGACCUAUAUGCUAAAAAUAGUUUUUUUUUUCAAAGUUUCGGUUACGUUUUGAACCAUAAAAGAUAGAGACUUAAUAUUUAAUAUGCCUACUUCAAAAAUUAAGUGCUUUCAAACAACACUAAGUCAAUGACCUUGUGAUUUUGACUGUAAUCUUUAUGCAGAGAAUAGUUUUUUUGAACUCUGUUGCCUCUGAGGGUACUGUGUUUCACAAACACAUCUUGUUUUGUAAUUAUGGUUUUCCAUCUCAUAGUAAAAAAUUCUGUUGUUGGAUAUGAAUAUAUUUUCUUUGGAUAUUGUAUUAUUGAACUGUUUCUUAUAUGCUCAAGUUUUACUAAUAUUUAAUUACUGUUAACUUGCAAUAUCAUGUUGAAGAUGUAACUUAUUUAUUGUACAUUGCCCUAUCAUGUUGAGAGCAUAACUUAUUUACUUCACACUUGCCAUUUUAUGUUGAAGAUAUCACUUAUUUUCUAUAAACUUUCCAUAUCAUGUAGGAGAUGUAACUUAUUUCCUUAUUUUGCCUUACAUGUUGAAUAUGUAAUUUAUUUACUGAACACUUGCCAUAUCUUGUUGAAUAUGUAACUUAUUUACUGAACACUUGCCAUAUCUUGUUGAAGUUUUAACUUAAUUAUUACAGCACUUUUAUCAUAUCAUGUUGCAGAUGUAACAUGUUUUCUGUACCCUUGACAUAUCCUGUUGAAGAUGUAACUUAUUUACCGAACAAUUACCAUAUUUUGUUAAGUUUUAACUUAUUACUGUAAAUGUGUCAAAUCAUGUUGAAAAUGUAACAUGUUUACUGUACGCUUGCCAUAUCAUUAGAUGUGAUGUUUUUCUACAACCGUACAAAGUAUCCAGAAUUUCUUAAAUGUGAUUCAGUCUUAUUUGUUUUUAUUUCUUUACCAAAUGUUCUAAUAAAUAUGUAAAAAGUUGUA